AGGUAUCUAUCGGAUCCACGACGCGUCAAUGAGUUCCGGAAGUAAGCCCUUGCCUUGCCUCGCCGUCCUCCGUGCUCCGGCCUCGCCCUGCCGCUGAAUGACUUGCGCCUCGUCCGUGGUUCAGGCGCCCGCGAUUCCCCCUUGUCCUUCCCCCGGCAAGAGAUUGCUGCUAAUCAGCAUUUUGCCAGGUACUACCAGUCCAAGCAUACGUUACACCGACAAUCAGUAAUUGCAAGCUCUGAUUCACGGGCGUUGGACCCCAACCGCCCGGGCGCCCUCGCUGCCGCCAGCACCGAACCCGACUUCACCCUUGGGGCAUACGCAACAUGCGUUGUCCAUUCGAUCGAUGUCGACAAAGUCAUGGUGUCCUUGCUCGAUGACACCACACAGUAUUUUCUCGGAGGUGCGACCAGACACACCAGCACUGUUGUCGAGGGUGAUGAAGACCCGGAGCUCUGGUUCGGCUGCAACAGUAUCGGUAUCGCCGGUGGUAUCUGCGAGGUGGCCUGCUCCAUGACCCCUGAUGGCAGAGAAUACCCAUUUUACAUCAUACCUGACAUUGCCAAUGAACCCCGAUGGCGUGAUGUUGUCGGAGCUUAUCGCUUCUACGCAGGUAUUCCCAUCACAACUCGUGCCGGCUGGAACAUUGGCACUCUCUUCGCUUUUUCCACCCGGCCCCGGCCCCAGCUUGAGCCUCGCGAAAAGUUGGUCAUGGUGCGCAUGGCCCGGGAAAUGAUGAAUCAUCUCGAGCUCGAGCUCAACGUCAUUGAGCGCAAUCGUUUGCUGCGGAUGAAUCAUAGCCUUGCUCAGUUUACUGCGAGUAGGGACGCUAUCAAGCUUAAUGGGGGCAACAUGGCAAACAUGAACACUGUUCGAGACGCAAAACCUGCCCAUGAACGGUUGGGAGGUAAGGAAACCGGAGAUGACGAAGGCGACCAUCGGUGGCAGAACGACUUGCCACCAGUUGCUUCCGUUGAUGAUCCGGCUUCUUCUCCCCAAUUGCAGCAUUGGACAACGCAGCAGUACCCGCGAGAGAACCAGGAGCCCUCGAGACCUAGUCUCCGCUCUAAGACACAUAGCACAUCUAAGUCAGCUGCCUCGCACGCUGCCCCACGACAUGGGGCAAAAAAUACAAUCAGGAGUUCGUCACAUUCAUCCACGUAUGAGCGAGCUGCUACUAUGCUGCGUGAUGGCAUGGAGUGCACUGGUAUUGUCUUUCUAGCUAUUGAUCGUGACGAUUUUCAUGGCGGCAGAGACUCGUAUGUCACUUUGCUGGGUCGCGAUAUUCAAAUCAAUGCGAGGGACGUCAGCCAACCACAGGCUUUUCCCGCUCAUGUUCUCCGAGAACUUUUACGUCUUUAUCCCCAGGGACAGAUUUUCUACUUUGAUUCCGUGGGAAGAUCAUGGCCUACAGCCGAAGACGACCAAUUUCCCUCCGGCUCGUGCCAGCCCCAUCUCAUCACGUACCCCGAUUCGGACAUGGAGUUUGAACAUGGUAUCAGCAAAGAAAAUUACGGUCAAAAUCUCGCAAGGAGCUUACAAAAGAGCAUUCCUAGUGCUCAACAGGUUCUGAUCGUGCCUCUACAAAGCACACGAGAGGACGUGCUAGGCGCUGCUGUUGUUUGGAACGACAAUUGGGAUCGCGUCAUAACUCACUCAGUCGAACUGCCAUUCACCAUGGGCUUCUGUGCAAACGUCUUCGCCGAGGUCUCUCACCAGGAAGCCAUAGUUGCCAAUCGUCAAAAGGCUGACUUCAUUGCAAACGUCAGCCAUGAAUUGCGUAGUCCACUGCAUGGCAUCCUAGCAACCUCAGAGUUUCUCAAGGACACUGGUUGUUCUGAGCUUCAGCACUCCCUUGUGGAAGAUGUUCAGAGUUGUGGCAGGGUGCUUCUGAACACAAUCGAUCAUGUGCUGGAUUUCUCAAAUCUUAUUCGGAGCCAACAGAAGAUGCCUCGAGCUAUGCGCGAACGUAACGAUUCAGCUGCUACUAUACCAGAACAAAAUAUGACCCCCGAACAUCUAUCUUACAGCAGUCCAAGAAACCCUUUGCUUCUCAAUCAACCCACAAACCUCGACUUGGCCGCCUUGUUCGAGGAUGUUACCGACAGCGUUUUCAUCAGCCGUUUCUUUCAUGGCACAGUGAGCUCCACAGCUGCGCGGGCCGUGUCGCUUGGCCAGUCAAAUAUUGCAACUUGGUCACCGCCUGUUGUUUCCCUCAAUAUCACUGCUGACGACUGGAAUUUCGUCGUACAACCUGGCGCGAUUCAGAGAGUCAUCAUGAACCUGCUGGGUAACGCGAUUAAAUACACCACUCACGGGUUCAUAGAGGUCAAUCUCAGCGUGGACGAACCGCAGGGCCGUGAGACAAUCGAUGAUCAUAAUCCACAUUCGAUCGUGACUCUCGUUGUCCGCGAUAGUGGUCGUGGGCUUUCUCCGGACUAUAUCAGAACUCGGCUGUGGUGCGCAUUUGCGCAAGAGGAUCAAACCGUCCGUGGAACGGGUCUGGGUCUCUCAAUCACAAGAAAGAUAGUAAACUUGAUGGGUGGUACUAUUGACCUGCAGUCGACGGUCAAUGUGGGUACGACAGUUACAGUAAAACUGCCUCUUGAGAGGGGGCCUGCAGGCGAACGGCGAGGAGAUCCCACCACUACAUGGUCAGAUGGUCACUUACCACACGAGAAGCCGAUAGAAGAGGGAGGACAUCAACCGCUGGAUACGAUAGGGCUAGGACAAGGCCGGACCGUCGCUGUAUUUCUGCGCAGUGCUACACCCGACUGUUCCCAUGUUCCACACGAAAAGCCAGAAGCCAAAUAUGCCAACGAAGCCCUUGUAGGCUAUCUGAGCAAAUGGUUCUCAUUCACCGUCGUUUUGCAACUAGAAAGUGGCGUGGUUGCUGACCUCGUUAUUGUAGACGAGGAGAGGCUGGCCGACGCCAAACUUCCCCCCAACACGCCUCGGAUAAUUCUCAAAGAUAGCUCGUAUAUCAGUCUCCACGAUCGAGAUACUACCGGCAUCCCAUGUGCAUGCCUAAGGCGUCCAGUGGCGCCCCGCAAGUUGGAACGAGCACUGCGAGAAGUUCUUGGCGGAGGAGCAAAGAGCAGUACUGCGGAUAGUCAUAUCCAGAAGAUGACAGUGUUAACAUUAGACCAUCAACCUCACACAGAUCCAGUUGCACCUGUAGUCGCUGAUGACAGGUCAUCUGGCUCCACAAACGACCUUCCCACUACUGAGAUUCUUGAAGAACCACCACAAAGCCUAAUUAGCAUUACGGCUCCGAUUGAUACGCCAGAUAUACACGUCGCACUGGAUCAAAAGGUUCAGACACGUGUAACCUCAAUCUGCCUCGACUCGGCAACUACCCCAACGGACGCAUCAUCUGCCACACCGGAUUCGGCUGCUGCACUCAGGUCACAUAUAAGCAUGCCACGAGUGCUCGUCGUUGAUGAUAAUCCAAUUAAUGUCAAGGUUUUAUGUGCGUAUCUUUAUAAGCACAAUAUCCCAAGAACCUAUGUUGUUGCCGCAGUGAACGGACUGGAUGCCGUGCAGCAGUUUACACAAUCACAAACAAGUGGUCAGCCGUUCGAUGUUCUUCUUAUGGACUUGAACAUGCCGGUAAAGGAUGGAUUCGAGGCCAUAACGGAGAUCCGGAAGUAUGAAAAGAUUCAAGAAAUGCAGCCCACCAUGGUCGUCGCCCUCACUGGAUUGGUCAGCGAGCGGGACCAGGAAAGAGCAUUCAUGGCCGGUGCAGAUCAAUUCUUCAGCAAGCCCUUCUCUGGAGCACAGGUACAGGGCAUUAUAGACAUCUGGUGCCGAGAAAGAGCUUUUAAAACAAUAUGAGAUUGUUCAUGGUCGUUGGUACCUGAACCACCUGGCCGAAACUAUGUCCAUUCUACCCAGUAGAACCGGCGGGUCAAGGCUACUAUUAUCAGACGAUGGCAGCCGGGCACCGCGCCGAUGCGUGCACAGAGCCACAUCCACCUUAGCACAGC